CGCUCCGCCUGCGCCUCCCGAGCAUGCGGCGGCGGCCGGCGGCUGGCAGCGCCGUCGCCGUGCCGGUGAGCCAGCGCGGCCGGCGGAGCUCCGCGUAGCUGCCCGGGAGGCGCCAGGGAGGGGGACCCAGGAGGGGGACCGGGUUGGGGCUUUUUUCCUUCCCUUCCACUUUUUUUUUUUUUUUUUUUUUUUUUUUUUUUGCGUGCCUUGCAGUACGUGCCUGGAUAGUUUGUGGAUAUAAUUAUUGACUGGAAUCUGGGCUGUUGCAGUUGUACGUGGGGGGGGGGAGAGAGGAGAAAAGAAAGAGUCCCCCCCCCUCCGCCGACCCUCCCUGCUCCCCCUGCCCACAUUUUUUUUUUUUUUUUUUUUUCUCCCCCUUUGGCGGUGGUUCGGACAUUUCAUGUAUUGAAUGAACUGGAAUCGCUUUCCGCGUGAGGAGGAUGGUUGCUGUUACUUUGUGAUGAGCUCGGGGAUGAAUCGCUCGGUUUAAAAAUGCUGCUUUGGAUUCUGUUGCUGGAGACGUCUCUUUGUUUUGCUGCUGGAAACGUUACAGGGGACGUUUGCAAAGAGAAGAUCUGCGCCUGCAACGAGAUAGAAGGGGAUUUGCACGUAGACUGUGAGAAAAAGGGAUUUACCAGCCUGCAACAUUUCACCGCCCCAACUUCCCAGUUUUACCAUUUAUUCCUGCAUGGCAAUUCCCUGACUCGGCUUUUCCCUAAUGAGUUUGCUAACUUUUACAAUGCAGUCAGUUUGCACAUGGAAAACAACGGUUUGCAUGAGAUUGUUCCCGGGGCUUUUCUUGGGCUGCAGCUGGUGAAACGCUUGCACAUAAACAACAACAAGAUCAAAUCGUUCAGGAAGCAGACUUUCCUGGGGCUGGACGAUCUGGAAUACCUCCAGGCAGAUUUUAAUCUAUUGCGGGAUAUUGACCCGGGAGCAUUUAGGGACUUAAACAAGCUAGAGGUGCUGAUUUUAAAUGACAAUCUCAUCAGCACCUUGCCCCCCAACGUCUUUCAGUAUGUGCCGAUCACCCACCUCGACCUCCGGGGAAACCGUCUUAAAACCUUGCCUUACGAGGAGGUCCUGGAGCAGAUCCCAGGCAUUGCCGAAAUCCUGCUAGAGGAUAACCCCUGGGACUGCACUUGCGAUCUGCUGUCGUUGAAGGAAUGGCUGGAAAACAUACCCAAAAACGCUUUGAUCGGCAGAGUGAUUUGUGAGGCUCCCACUAGGUUGCAGGGCAAAGAUUUAAAUGAGACCACAGAGCAAGAGCUGUGCAAAAAGAACAGAGUGGAUUCUAGCCUAGCUGCUCCCCCUGCCGAAGAAGAAACCUGCGAUCCUGGUCCCAUUCCAACCCCCUUUAAAAUACAUGGCAAAGAAGACCCUGCCACGCCAGGAUCUGGUCCAAACGGAGGUACAAAGAUUCCCGUCAACUGGCAAAUCAAGACCAGACCCACCGCUGCCGUGUCGACAGUUAGCGCGAAGAGCAAGCUACCGGCUACCGUGUCCUGCCCGCAGAUCUGCAGCUGCGAUCAGAUCCCCGGCUCGGGUUUAAAGGUUAAUUGCAAUGACAGGAAUGUGAGCAGCCUGGUGGAUUUGAAGCCCAAGCCGUCCAACGUGCAGGAGCUGUUUCUGAGAGACAACAAAAUACACACCAUCAGGAAAUCCCACUUUCUGGAUUACCGGAAACUUAAUUUACUUGACCUGGGCAACAACAACAUCGCGACCGUCGAGAACAACACCUUCAAGAACCUCUUUGAUCUGCGAUGGCUCUACAUGGAUAGCAACUACUUGGACACCCUGUCCCGGGAGAAAUUCGCCGGGCUGCAAAACCUGGAGUAUCUGAACGUGGAGUUUAAUGGGAUCCAGCUGAUCAUGCCCGGCACCUUCAACGCGAUGCCCAAGCUGAGAGUCCUCAUCCUCAACAACAACCUGCUGAGGUCUCUCCCAGUAGACGUGUUCGCCGGGGUCUCCCUUUCCAAGCUGAGCAUACACAACAAUUAUUUCAUGUACCUCCCGGUGGCGGGGGUGCUGGACCAGCUCACCUCCAUCACCCAGAUCGACCUGCACGGCAACCCGUGGGACUGUACUUGCCCUAUCGUGCCUUUCAAACAGUGGGCAGAGAUGCUGCGCCCCAAGGUGAUUAUGAGCGACCUGAGGUGCGAGUCCCCUGAAGACUUCUUCAAGGAGGAUUUCGAGUCUCUCGCCAACGACGUGAUUUGCCCUCAGUUAAAAAUCUCGCCCACAUUAACUUCCACUAACAAAAACAGCACCGGGUUGACGGAGACAGGCACUCACUCCAACUCCUACUUGGAGACCAGCCGGGUCUCUAUUUCGGUGCUGGUGCCAGGGCUCCUGCUGGUUUUUGUGACCUCUGCCUUCACGGUGGUUGGCAUGCUGGUGUUCAUCCUGAGGAACAGAAAGCGGUCCAAGAGGAGGGACGCCAACUCCUCCGCAUCCGAAAUCAACUCCUUGCAGACGGUCUGCGACUCGUCCUACUGGCACAACGGGCCCUACAGCGCCGACGGGGCCCACAGGGUUUACGACUGCGGCUCCCACUCCCUCUCGGACUGAGGCGGCGGGCGGGGCGGGGGCGGCCGCCCCCCGGGACCGGCCCUUCGCGCUCCGGCCGGCGGGGCGGCCGCCGCCGGCCGGGGAGGGCUGCGCACCUCGGCCACCCUUCGCGAGAAACGAAACACCCACGCGCGCCCCCUCCUCACGACCCCCCGUGGCAAGCAGCGAGGCCCGGCGUGCGGCGGGGGGGGAGCCCGGCGGCCGGGCGCGACCCCGCGGCCCCGCGCAGCCCGGCGCGGUGGGCGCAUCCCCCGGCAGGGCGCUGCCGGGGCGGCAACGGACACGCGAGGACCCGCUUCCUUCGGCUCCCGCGGGGCGGAACACUGCUCCCGGCUUUGCUGGGCUUUUGUUCUGUUGUGUUGGGGCUCGUUUUGCUUUUUUUGCCCUCUUCCCGUGGGGACCGACCCCUCGCCGAGAGGCCGGGCAGAGGAGGGGGGCGGAGGAAAAGGCUGGUGUCGGCCUCCUCCUGACGGCAAAGCAGGAGUGGAAAGUUGCACGAAGGCAUGAAUGUAAUGUAAAUAAGUGACUCCGACUCCGAAACGAACAGACAAACGGACAAAAAAAAAAAAAAAAAAAAAAAAAAAAAAGUGCUGCAUGGCUCGCAUGGAUACAACGCACCCCAGGGACGCUCCAGCCCCCGACUGGAAGCAGCGUCUAGUUCACACCAUCAUCCCUCUUACCUGAUAAGUCCCUUCGUAUCAAACCUUCUAUAUACGAAAUACAGUAUAAUAAUAAAAAGUGCCAUUUCGCCAUUUUUGUGUGAUCAAUAGGCAGUAGAGAUCGUACUUUUACCGUGGAAAAAAUUGUAAAGGUUUUAUUUAAGACAUAGUUGCAUGAAUAUUCUCAUUGGAUUUUUUUUUUCUUUUUUUUUUUUUUUUUUUUUUUUUGAGGCGGGAAUUACUUUGCUGGGACAGAUUUGCUUUGUUGAUGGUGGGUUGUGUUUCGUUUCUCGGGGCGGGGGGGUGGGAGUCUUUGGUUUUGUUUUCUCUCUCUUCUUUUUCAAUAUACAUAUUCAGUAUUGCCUUUCCAUCUGAAUGUAAAAAUUAGUACCCUUGAUUUCUAUUAUGGUAACAGUGUAAACAUACAAAAAAAAAAAUCCAAGGCAGUUAAGCAUGACCAAUUAAUGUCACUCUAGUGCUUAGGCUGCAAAGUUUAAUGGUAGAAAAUUCUGUGCUGUUGUAAAUCUUACUAUAACUUGAGGAAACCAGAACUGAGGAAGCAAGUGAAACUUACUAAUUCUAUUCGAGGAUUUUAUAAUGGCAUAUUUUUUCAGUAUUAAAGUGAAAAUGUUUUCAA